AAAAACCUAUUUUAAACUUACGUAAUGGGCAAUAACUUACCGAGUUGUUGAUUGUUUUUUCUCUAUUCAAUUUGUGUAUUAGCAUACUAAAACAACAAUAACCAGUUUUAGAGGUUGUAUUAACAGGAAGGUUAUUGUGAGUCUUGUCGGGUUGCUAAGAGCUACAGCAACAAGAUAAUAUGUCUCUAGAAAAGCGGAUAGACAUCACACAGCCCCUGUGGGACCAGAGCACCUUCUAUGGGCGUUUCAAACACUUUGCCUUCAUAUCAAACCCGCUGCUAUCAUUAGUCGGUGAUAAAGAGCUGCAGGAAGCUAAGGAACUUUACAAUAAAUACAAACAAGGCGCAGAGCCGAAAGGAACAACAUACAAACAAGUGGUCAGAGCGAAACAGCUUUACGAGUCAGCCUUCCACCCGGACAGCGGAGACUUGCAGAAUGUGUUCGGCCGCAUGUCCUUCCAGAUGCCGGGGGGCUGCCUCAUCACCGGAGCCAUGCUGCAGUUUUACAGAACAAACACAGCGGUAGUAUUCUGGCAGUGGGUGAACCAGUCGUUCAACGCGCUCGUGAACUACACGAACCGCAACGCAAAUUCUCCGUUAACGACGACGCAGAUGGGCGUGGCCUACGUGUCUGCGACGACGGCUGCGUUGGGAACUGCGUUGACGUUCAAGUUCGUUGUGCAGAAACGCGCUAAGAACCCUAUUUUGGCUAGAUUCGUCCCGUUCGUAGCGGUGGCGGCCGCCAACUUUGUGAACAUUCCACUCAUGAGGCAAAGUGAGAUCGCUAAUGGAUUGGAAGUAACUGAUGAGAAUGGAAAGAUCGUCGGCAAAUCUCAAGUAGCUCCCGCCAAGGGAAUCACACAAGUCGUGUUGUCGAGGAUAGCGAUGUGCUCCCCGGGCAUGCUGCUCCUGCCGGUGAUCAUGGAGCGGCUGGAACCGAGACCCUUCAUGCGCCGGAUGAAGUGGGCGCACGCCGGCAUACAGACCGCCAUCGUCGGCGUCUUCCUCACAUUCAUGGUUCCUACUGGUUGCGCCCUGUUCCCGCAGAGAUGUCGCCUGUCAAUAGACACGAUAAAGAGAUUCGAGCCUGAAAACUACGAGGAAAUUCUAAAGAACACAGGCGGUAAGCCUCCACAGUAUGUUUACUUCAACAAAGGUCUGUAAACUGUCACAGUAAUUAAUUAAAUAGUAAUGUAAUUACUGCGAAAUGUACAACGUGCAGUCAGCUACAAAAUAGUUAUAUGGAUCAACAUUUUUGAAACAUCGAUGCUAUUUGUUGUUAUAACGCGUCAUAAAUCGUUGCUCAAAUUUAUCUGAGAAAAACCAAACUGUGUUUACUUUUAAGUUAGGCCCGGUUUGGCGAUACUCGGUUAGAUCAUAACAAGGAAUUAGUCCAUCAAUUAUACGUCAUCUUCAUAUUAAAUUCUUGACAGGUCAACAACUAAUCCCUUACGUUGUUAUGAUCUAACCAAGUAUCGCGAAACCAGGCCCGGUAAGUUCUAAGCAAGUGUAUCAAUGUUUUGAAAAGUGUGAUUACAAGGAAGGCAAUAUCAUGUUGUGAAUGAUGAUUUGAUCAACAACAACAAUCACAGUCUGUUAUAAUUGUUCAGUAUUGACCUGAUUGGGUAUGAAAUGGUUAUAAUAUCCGAAUUAUUUAGUCGGUUAAUCUCAGUAUUUUAAUGCCAGUGAAAAAACAUUUGACUUUGAAAAAAACGCAAUCUCAAACUGAAAUCUCUGUUACGGUGUCUCUAAUAUUUUUUCAUAUAUUUGUUGAUAAGUUUUAUUAAUUCUUAAGUUUAUCAUUAUAAUUAAGAAUUUGUUUUUAUUAUUGAUUUUUUAAAACAUCAUGCUUUAUUACAGUAUUUUUUGCUAUUUUUGUUUUUAUAUUAGGCAUUACAUUUAUGUACUUAAAACAUGUGAUUCUUUAUGUACUUAAGUAUUUUAUUUUAAGUAUAACUCACUACAUAAUUUAUCUGCUCAUUUCAGUACGGAAAUUGAAUCUCGUACUGUUUUUAAAAACCUGUAUUUUAUUAAAACGGAAACACAUUCCAUAAAGUAUCUUAAAAUCAAGUCAAUUUAUUUUUUUAUUCUGUUACUUGCAUUUCUAACAUAUUUCCCUGCCAAUAAUUUUAUUAAUAUUGAUGUAUCACAAUAAAUAUAUGAAUUAUGUUUGGUGGAUAUUUAUAUUCCACGCCAUAAGUAAAUUCUAGUCGUCAGAGAAUGACAAAAGCGCAACAAAUUGUUUCAAAAUAGGGCUUUCUCUAUGGUUCAGUGUAGCCUACAAAACAAACCUAAGGCGACAAAUAAAAUCUUGUCUCGUCUUUUAACUUAAUUUAUGUAUUUUUUUGUAACUAGCAUGUUAUUAUGUUAUUAAGCGCAAGAAAAAUGACAAUGUAAAUCUCAAUACUAAAGAUCUGUGUACUUAAUACGAAAUUGUGUAGUGAAUAGAAUGUAGCUGUUAUUGAUUGAAAGGACAAUAAAUAUGUUGCAAUGUA